AGUACACAACUACCUCCUAUAAAAUUGCUCCCCUAUCAAUUUAUCAUUGACCUUAUCACCUCUUAGAGAUCAACUGAUUAUCGACAAUGGCAUCCCUCUCUGCCCAAACUAUUCUAUGCAUCGCCCUAGUGCUGACUACCUCUUUGAUUAUGGAUGUUAAUGCAACCUUAGAAGGAGGCCCACGGGAGUUCGAUUACUUCGCUUUGGCUCUUCAAUGGCCCGGUACCAUCUGCCACAGGACACGCCAUUGUUGCUCCUGCUGCCGCAGCAAGAAUUCUCCCACCGAGUUCACUAUUCAUGGACUAUGGCCGGAUUAUAAUGAUGGAACCUGGCCAUCUUGUUGUGCUCGAGCUCGAUUUGACGUCAAAGAGAUCUCACCACUGAUGGAUGCUCUUGAGAAGUAUUGGCCAUCCUUAUAUUGUAGCCGAUCAUCGACUUGCUUCAGUGGAAAAGGGAUAUUUUGGGCUCACGAGUGGGAGAAGCAUGGGACUUGCUCCUCUCCUGUAAUUCAAGAUGAAUACACCUUCUUUUUAACAGCUCUCAAUGUUUACUUCAAAUAUAAUGUCACGAAAAUAUUGAAUGAAGCUGGAUAUGUUCCUUCUAAUAGUGAAAGGUAUCCCCUUGGAGGCGUUGUCUCUGCCAUUGAGGAUUCUUUCCGGGCAACACCAGAAGUGAUUUGUUCAAAACAUGACGUGGAGGAAAUUCGUUUAUGCUUCUAUAAGGAUUUCAAGCCUCGGAAUUGUUUGGCUUCAAAGACGUCAUGUCCAAAGUAUGUUAGCUUUCCAACAUAUGUGGCGUUGGAGCACGAUGAAUCUGAUGCGGCUAUCGAAUUGAUAUCUGGUGAAGAAGCUCUCUAGGAUCUGGACUGUAGUUUCAGAACCAAUAAUGUAACAUAUUUAAGUUAUUCACUGGCAAAAUUUAAGGGAUAUCUAGUGAUGAAUCUCUGUGAGAUCUGGACUGAAGUUUCUGUAUCAACAAUGUAACGUAUUUCAACUAGAUACUGGUUUGUACUUCGUUCCGCUCUUGGACUUGUUUGACAUAAUCUUCUGAAGAGAUGUCUUCAAUCAAAAUAUAUUGAUUUCC